AUGGGUCAACUUUUCUUCCAGUACUUGAGCGGCCGCCGAGUCUACGCUUGCGCGGCUUGUCAAAUCCACCUGACACGCCAUGACGAUAUCGUGUCAAAGGCCUUCCACGGAACGCACGGGCGCGCCUACCUCUUUGAGAAAGUCGUCAAUGUUCAGACGGGCGAGCCGGUUGAGCGACCGAUGACCACUGGCAUUCACAUUAUCAAAGCCUAUGAGGAGAGCCAAAAGUACAAGGAAGGCAAAGUGAUUCUAGAAAAGGCUCUCAUCAACGAAGUUGACGAAUCCGCCUUGCUGGCAUAG